CAUUCCGCUACUCGCGCACCCGCGAUCGCGACUGCUCUCCUCGUCGACCGUGUCGACAGUACUGCGGCCGUGCCAAUUGCUCCAGAUUAAACCGGCACUCUGGCUGUGCGAAGCGCUUCGUCGCAGCAACAGACUCAGUGCGUCGUCGCGACCACAACGUCCUCCGAUGUCGCUAUCGGGCCAAACCCUUCAGCCACGGACGUCGAAAAUCAACUCGCUGAACAGAUGUCAAUCAAGUUCUUUUCAGGACUUCAGGAUUUACUUGGCCUGUAUGAUGCUUCGAUAGCAUCCACUAGUCAUUCCACGGCUCACAUACCUCCAAGCAACGGCUUGUUUUCGCCAACAACGACAGGCACCUCUAGUCUAUUACGACGCAAAAGUGCUGGCGAACAUAACCAUGCCCUCAGCAACGAAGCUGGAGACGAUGACGUACAAAUAAGUAAAUGCUCUCACGAUCGAAAGGUGAGAUUCGACGAUGAUCAGCUCAUAUCUGGAUACUGUGAGGCGUCAGCACCAUCGUUUGCUAUAAACGAAGAAGCACAGACAGACGGAGGUAAAGAGGGCCCUAACGUCGAAGAGAUUCUACAAAGCUAUCGCAAAUCAUGUCAGAAAGUGGGAAUUGAAGCCAUAGCUUCAGUGGAACGUCAGCUGGAGAAACUGCAGCGAACGUCUUGUGCACGACAGGAAGUUUUUUCGCUAAAGGGUGAGCGUGUAUCAGCCGAACAAAUGGAAGCGCUCGAAGAAGUAUUUCGGAGGGUGCAGUUCGAUAUGCUCGACUUUGAAUACACGUUUCUUGAUGACGAUGCUGCGAUCGCUUUAAGCGAAAUGUUUGAAUUUUAUGAAUCAGCCCAGAAACUGAAUCUUUCAUUCAAUAAGCAAAUAACCAUCAGAGGGUGGACGGAUGUGUUCAAGGCUGUGAAAAAUAGCAAUUGUCUGCAAAUGCUUAACUUGCGAUAUACUUCGCUUUCGGAGAAGUCUUUAUCUGCGUUGUGUCGCAUGCUUCGUGGAACUCCUCAGCCUGCACUUGUUUGCUUGCACCUUGAGAAUGUGAAUCUGUUUGGAAGAAAUCUGUACAGUUUAGUAUGUGCCUUGAAGUUCAACACUGUGCUCAAGGAGCUGUAUCUUGGCGAAAACAGUAUACAAAGCGCUGAUGGAGCACAUCUCUAUCAGUUGAUAUUAAAUAACUUCACUUUACAAAUGAUUGAUUUGCGCAAUAAUCAGUUAGGGGACGCUGGCGUUGCCAAAAUGUUCGAGGCACUUCGUAAUCCGGAAGUUAUCAAGAAGAGUUCUCUGACAGCUAUCGUACUCUGGAAUAAUAAAAUUAGCGCUGCUGGCAUGGAAUCCAUUGCUGCAGCAUUAUGUGAAAAUCCUCAUUUGGAAACGCUGAAUAUAGGAAGUAACCCGCUCGGUGAAACUGGCGUGCAGCGUCUACGUCCAGCUUUAGGGGCUAACGGUAGCAAUCUUCGCAGGCUUGGUCUUCAGAACACUCAGAUGACGUGUCAAAGUGCAAUACUGCUAGCCGAAUGCCUUGCCGAUAAUUCAACGCUGAUACGUGUUGACCUAAGGGACAAUCCGGCAAUUGGUUCUGCUGGAUUGCUUGCAAUCCACUCUGCAAUGAAGAUCAACGAGUCUAUCUCUCUGCUAAACUUGGAUCAAAGUUGUGUGGUGCCUACGAACGCUAAGGUACGGCAAUAUCAGGAGGACUUCCGUCGAUACUACGAGGACAUCAAGCGUUACUGUGAACGAAACAAACUGGCCACAUUACAAAAAGCUGACAUGUCGCAAGAAACCGUCGUAGUUGAUGCAACGUUGAAGUCUGGCAAGUCGGAUGCGGAAGAGAAUGCGUCGUAUACAGAUCCUCUUGCAUUGCUUGGAUCGCCUAUAGAUUCACCUUCUAACACGGAUGUGCCGUCACUUAAUUGCCAAUCUUCACAAACUUCUCCGAUUGCGUGUCCCAGGGCAAAGAGAGGAUUUAUCAGGAGUUCAUCGCUAACUUGUGCCGAAACUGUGACUGACAUCCAUGAACGCAUAAAAGUAAUGGGUGGAUCAAGCACUUCAUUAGAUGAGACAAAUUCUGACUCCACGAAAACUAUCAAAAAGGCUGAUGCAUCCACGCAUGGUUCCAUCGGGCUUGCGGAAUGGGGCUCCUUGCCAGCUAUCUCGCAAGCAAGCGACACCACGAAGCCGGUUGUUCGCAAGUUCCGUCGUUUCUCCGUAUCCCCGUCGUCUUCGACGUUUGAUGUUAGCACAACUUCCAAUAAACCUUCGACUUCUACUAUACCAGAGGUUCCAAAUCGCCCCACUUCUUUGUCAAUAAGCAUACCCGCUGCCAACAGUGUGAGCCAAAGUCCAGUAUCCGCUCCAGUGGGCUCUUCAUCCGCUCAGUCUAGUUUUGCAACCGAGAGCCCUCCCACAAAGGAAAAAGCUUGCGACAAAGCCGGAAGCGAUGUGGACAGCGCCGGAAUCACGAAAACUCCAGCUCAAAACGAUGAAUCCUCUCGGUUACACACCAACGUCUCGAGUGAAAAGCGUCUGAGUGAGAAGGACGUCCACACUCCCUACCCAAAAUCUGCUACCGACAAGCUAAGUGAACAACGUGAUAGUCGAUCAAGCAGUGAAGAGCCGCAUGACACCUCGGAAGAUGUCAUGAAAGACGUUCGCAUCGUGAUAGCGGAUUUGAUAAACUAUGUGGAAUACGAAGAAAGCUUAACUGUCGAAAGAAAGCAUUCGAUGUUACUACAAACAUCAGCGUUCACGGAUAGUGAGCUCAGCGUCUUGAGAGCGAGAACGUCGGAGGAAUCGCCACGAUCAGGGACCAUUUUAACGCCUUCAAGAAUGGUGAAUAUAGCUGAAGAAGUCGCUGAGACGGAUGAGAUGGUAGUUUCCAGCGUGAUGAGAUCGCUUGUUCGCGAAGUCCUCAGAAAGGAAAAAGAAGAGUUGCGUAGUACGCUGGAUAGACGGCGAAAGAGGACUGGUGUCACAUCAUCCAAGUCGAGCACUCCUGUCUAAGUUAUUUCACACUUUCUCUAUCAAUAUGUUUUCGCAUUCCGAAGAAUGUUUCACACACUUCAAAAGUGUUGUUUCUGUUGACAUCCCUGUCAACAGUUACUGCUGGUAAAUUUAGCUUUACCCGACGAUCAAAUAGACUUGGUCUACCUCGUCGCGCCUAUCUUUUCUGAAUGGUGAUGUUGUCUUCACGCUUUUGCUAUCUAUUUUCACUUAAUUCACCGCGCCCACGUAUACUCAUUCUGGUAGGAAACAAUUGCUGAUUUUAACAUGCAAAACGGUUUUGAUCGAGUUUACUUAAUAAUAAGUGUACCAGUGCUCAUCUAGAUAUUUUGUACUUAACGGCUUUACCGGUAGGAAAAUUGUCUCUUUGCACUUGAAUCAAGUAGGAUAACAUUUUUUCUAGUUGCACUUCGGGAGUUCACGUAGCAGCUGAUUCUCAACUUAUCACUCUUGGCACUUUUGAAUGAAAUUUUGUCAUUUGAUUCAAAUUUUUUUGGCGUGGGUGCUGUUCAAAGCUUCGCACAGAGUCAUCAGAGCAACGUGCCACUCUGCUGCCGCCCAUCACCUUUUUGCCUUUAAUCUGUCCUCUUCCUCCCAUCAACUUUCUUAAUCUUACUCUCAUUUCAACACUAUUCAUAUUUCUGUCACAUCGAUAAGUUGUGAUCUCAUCACUGCUGGAGACCUUCUCUCCUUUUCAUACAUGGACGAUAACUGAUUCGCGAACGCCUCCCCUUUUUGGGUAAAACUAUUCUUGUUCGUAGCGUCCUGUAAUCUAGUUUGUAGAAUAAUUGUAUCACGUUGUACAUAGGGACCUUCUGUCUGUGUUCAAAAUAAGUCCUUUGACUGUGAUUUUUUUUCUACUAAUGAGUCAGCUUGAUUAUUAUGUUAGUCACUGGAUUCGGUAUUGUGUGUUUCUUUUGAAUCAAUCAAUCAAUUGUACUGUAGUCUCAUGGUGUCCUCCUGUUGUAUACUCCGAAAUCACAGUAACUUAAGUGUAUGAGUAACGCCUCCUGGUGAUUGACUGAUUGUGAGUGGUUUUGUAUACAUAUGUAGAUUCUCAUAAGGGCGUAUGCCGUCAUAGAUAAAGGUAUUU